CAACAUAUCUGGAAAUGAGUGCUCUGUCGCCGAUGAUGCUCGUUGCAUACACGCGCUGGAUGACGCUGAGUGAGCGAUUGACGUGAUUUUCAGCUCGGAUCGACCGCAGUCCAUGGGGAAGCCGUUUCUUGAUCGUCAAUUCUAACGUCUUGCAGUUGCUUCUGUUGCCGUCGUCGAAACUUGCACAGUUGUAACGACGUCUUCGGCCCGGUUUGAGCAUGUUGACGGUGUCAGCGAAAACGUACCGUUCAUGAUGAGCGUCGAUCCCGAAUGGUUCGAUAUAACACAACGCGGGAACGCAUCUUUUCCCUCUCCACUGUCGAAGACGACUUGGAGAGGUACUUAUCCCGAGGACCACGAAGAGGUCCGCGCCCGGACGUUUCUGCUUGGAGAGACAGCCCGCCCUCGAGAAUACAAAGCGCACACACCACAGGAAUCAGUACACGACGAAAGCUCGAAGAGCAUAUUCAUGGCGCGUCAUCUUUUUCUAUGUCUGAUCUUUUCGAAUGUCUGCGUUCUUCUGCGUGUUUUCUUUUUUUCUUUUUUUCGUGGCGUCCCUCUCCCGCGCUUUUUGUAAUCGUAGUCAGUGGCUCUCUGGCUCUUUACAUCCCCCUUUGGCCGUACGGCUCUUGUGACCCCCCUCCCCCCCCCCGCGUCUGUUCCCCCCCUGCUAUCAUGGCUUUUUAUAUUCUCAAUGCCUCUUCAAGUUUGUCAUCUUCCUCCUGUCUGUCUUUUCUUUUUGUGAAGGGCGUAUAAUGACGCUAUAGAUGGCGCAACUCCAUCUACCACUCAUCUCGUUUUUUUUACUGCGUCUUUUGUUUUAUUUUACGCUGACGGCUCCGUGGUUUUUUUCUUAUUUUCGUUUUUCCUCGACCGUGGAGCUCUAUCGUCUUUUUUGUCAGCCGCAUUUCUUCUCUUUUAUCUUUA